GUGAACGCAACGGGGAAGGCGCGCGCUCCCCUGACGGCUCCACAGAUCUGUCAUUUACAGGAGACGCUCAGAUAGCGGGACACUGAACGCGACCGGACCGUGUCGAACAAGAACCGUCCAGUCCGGUUUAUCCGUUACCGUCCAACUGAAAACGGUAUUUUUUCUUUUUUGAAAAAACACCAGUUACCGUCAUAACAACUUGUUGUGUUUUAAAAACGAUUCGGGAUUCACUUCUGAGCGGCACUCUGCCGUGAUGCACGGGUUAGCCAGCUAACGUUAGCCGGAAAACUAGCAUCCACUGUUGGGAGAAAGUAGCGGAGUCCGAGCUCCUUUUCUCGGCUGUGUGUGGGCGAUUAAACCGGAGUAAACAUGGGGAAACGUGACUGGUUCGUGGAGCCGUUCCGCUAUCUCCAAGACCCCCACCUUGUCGCCCGCUUUCAGCAGAUGUGUGGGGUGCGCGGGACGUUUUCGAGAACCGCCUGCCCUGGUAGCAUCGCCACCAGCAGCGGCAGCAGCAAGGAAGAGGACCGGAGCCACUCGCACAACAACGGGGCUUGUCAUCAUCACAUCACCGGGGAAAAUGAGAGAGAAAACCUGGCCGUCAUUGGAGCUGGAGAGGGGGAGAAAAGGGUUGCCGGGUCAGCUGUUGCGAAUAACCACGGGGAGGACAGUGAAAACGCUCCCCGGAACGGGGCGGUGAUGUCCGCAGCGACCGCCGGGGGAGAAACGGUCGGUGUGGGCAGCAACGGCCGCUCGCUCGCCGGGGCUACAGCCGCGGGUCAGGGCGGCAGCAGCAGCAGCGCAGCCGGGCCGGACUUUUCAGGGGCUAAAGAGUUAAAUGGGAGCGAGAACAGCGGUGAAGACCCGGGUUCCGCACGGAGCAGCACGGUGAAACCCCUCCGCAGAAACUCUCUAACGGGCGACGCCGGGCAGGAGUUCCUGAUCGAGAACCGGUUCUUGUACUACCUCUUCACUUUCGGAACCGAGCUGGGCAACGAGCUCUUCUACAUCACCUUCUUCCCCUUCGUCAUCUGGAACUUGGACGCCUUCGUGGGCAGGAGGCUGAUCAUGGUCUGGGUCUGGGUCAUGUAUCUGGGACAGUGCACCAAGGAUGUGUUCGGUUGGCCCCGGCCCGCCUCACCGCCUGUGGUCAAAGUGGAGAUGUUUUACAACUCGGAGUACAGCAUGCCGUCCACACACGCCAUGUCGGGCACAGCCAUCCCCUUCUCCCUGUUCUUCAUGACCUACGGCCGGUGGGAGUACCCGUUCACACUGGGCUUCAGUCUGGCUCUCUGCUGGUGUCUGCUGGUCUGUGUCAGUCGGAUCUACAUGGGAAUGCACUCAGUCUUGGACGUCAUGGCCGGCGUCCUCUACAGCGUCCUGAUCCUCCUCUUCUUCCUCCCGGCCCUGGACCUGAUCGAUGGCUUCAACCUGACCUGCCGCUACGCCCCGCUCAUCAUCAUCUCCCUCCACCUGGGCCUGGGCCUGUUUUCCUUCACCCUGGACACCUGGAGCACCUCGCGGGGCGAUACCGCUCAGAUCCUGGGCACGGGGGCCGGCGUGGCCCUGGCCUCCCACGUCAACCACUACCUGGGCCUGCUGCCUGACCCGACACCGGACCAGCUGCCGUUCACCCUGCCCGCCCUCAGCGUGGGUCUGGUGGCCGUGGCCGUGCUGCGGCUCGUCCUGGGCGUCCUGGUGCUGAUGGCCACGCGGGCGCUGAUGAAGGCCGUCACCAUCCCGCUGGUGUGCUGGGUGUCCAGGGUGCCCAGCGGGGACGUGAGGAAGGCCAGGCAGCACAUGGAGGUGGAGCUGCCUUACCGGUACAUCGUCUACGGGACGGUGGGCUUCAACGUGCUCUUCCUGGUCCCGCUGCUCUUCAGCUACAUGCAGCUCUCCUGACUGGAUGGUGGCUCACUUCAUAGUCAGUUACUGACUAAAACACAGUGAAGUGACCCUCCUCAUGUUCACCUAGUGCUGUUAUCAGAUCAGUUUUGCUACUACUUUUCAUCCAGAGCUGCUUUUCUAACCAGAGGCAUUUGGUCUGGGCCUGAUGAAGGUGAAUUAAAGCCUCAGCACUGAUCUGGAUGCUGCCUUUUUAUCAGUUUUCUAUCUUGUUUUUCUCCUGUUGGCUCAGAGUAGCGUUCAGGAAGGAUGAACCAGAAACAGCUGACUGCUUCUGACAGCUUCCCUGACUGAUAUCUGAGUGAUAUCUCUCUGUUCUGUUCUUUAGAUUUAUUUAAAAUUGAAUUGAAACUCUCGGCUCGUCCUGAUCCCAGGAGAGGCUGCGAGCCGAACAUCCACUCCUCCUCUACCAGCUUAAUUCAUUUUAAAAGCAAAAAGAAAACUUUUUAACAGUGGCCUCUGAAAGACUACAAAUACCACUGAUUGCUACUGAUAGAUGACCUGUGUCUCAGUAUUUCCAUUUUUAUUAAUGCUAUUAUUAUUAAGAGCUCAGACAAAGAAGCAUACAGGUAAGACGACUGAAGAGUCUCCAGCAUUUGCACUUCCAGGAACUUGAGGACAAAAUGUAGCUUCACAAAGUGUUUUCAGUCUUUUAUUAGAUGAAGUGUUGAGUAACUCCUUAGAAACAUGAUGGAAAAAUAGCAAAUAUUCACAAUUUGUGAUCUAACAAAGCUGACUGAUCAGUUAUCUGAAUCAAAAACUGGAGUUUGACAUUCAAACUUUGUGUGGUUCUUUGUCUGAAAGCUUCUUAAUAUUAAUAUUUGAUCUUCCUCUCCUUUGUCUCACCCCUCAGAGCAAUAAGAUCCCUGUGAUUUUAUAAUUCCUUAUUCCAGUAUGGGAGUUUAUUCUGAUGUGGAAAGGUUCCUCUUCGUCCUUUGUUACCUGUCUAACGAGAAGAGGCAGAUUCCUCUGGAACUGAAUCCAAUUGUUCGAGCGCACAUGUACAGUGUUAAAGGGCUCUUCCCACGCUGUCUGCUCUGUUUACUGUUUCAGUCUGUACUCAGAAAACCUGAUCAUCUGAUCUCUGCUCUGAGACUGAUCUCUUUUCCUAUAAAGCAAUGAGAGGGCACAUAUUUUAUAAUCCUGAAGGAAGGAACGAAGCGUUUUUCCUGUAAGGACGACGGGAAUCUGUCUGUUUGGCUCAGCUUUUUUUAUUUUUACACUAUAAAACUUGACUUUCAGUUUGAUAGCGUGGAGAUGUUUUCAAUGACAUCCAUCCACCAUGCAGAGGAAAGUCUCCUGUGCUGGAGUUUGAUGGGAGGAAGCGGUGGAGAUAACGCAGUGGAUCGGUGACGGUCGAGAGACAAAAGGAGCUCAGGCAAAAAUAUAUCUCGAUUUAUAAACCAAGACAGUAUUAGACAGAGGUGGAGAUGGUCACAGUUUCAAGAAUAAAGUUUAGAGAUCAGUGUAAUUAACAUUCCUAAAUUUUAGACUGAGAUCAGCUUUUCCUUAAAAAUACAAUCAGGAAACCUUAUUUCCCCAGAGGCAGCACAGGUGUUUCAAAAGAACAUCAAAACUGUUAAAACAUAAAGGAUCAGGACUCACCAGCUGUUUCUAAAUCCAUUAUUGUAUGGAAACUGUAAAGAACAACUCUGCUCUUUGAUUUUAACAGCUAUCAAACACCUUUUCAGUCAGAGUGAACUCUUAAUGAUAAUCUACACUGUGAACUUGUAGAUAUUAGGAGGCGUUUGUCAGUUUGUUCAGUCAACAGAGCAGCAGCUCCACCUGCUAAUUACUGGGUGUAUAUUAUUUAUCCACAGCUCAUCUCAGUGUAAGAACUCGUUUGAGCGGUGCAGCCUGUUUCAGUUUAGUUUUAUGUGUCUCUGUAACGAGGCGAGUGUGAAGUGAUCAACAGCUGCUGCAGCUGCCUCCUGAUCUGAACUGUGUUUUCACUGAUAAUUAUCACCAUCCCUGUGAUUUAACUGCCAGUAAGAACACACUAGUUAAAUAUGAGUGAGGGCAGAUGGAACAAGUCAGUUAUAUCAUAAUAAAUUGUAGGUGUUUGUGUAGUGACAGCUGUUAGGGGAGAAAGCCUGUCUCCUCAGCGUCCACGUGGACUUUGACUCCAGCUUCCUCCUGUCGUCCUCCCACACUGCAGCUGAGUCACAGUAGUGAAUAAACCCUCUUCAGACCACUAAUGCCCCGCUUCAGUCGUCUGGUCGAGGCCUGUAGGACUGGACCAAUCUGAACUUUUACUGGAGAGGUUUUUCUUCUUUUGCCCUGUACCUGCUUCAGUACUUUUCUCUUCAGAAGUGACCAAGUUCUCUGGUUCUGUAGGUCGAUCACGUCACUGCUGCUGUGGGAACACUGGUAGAUUGUAGCCUGUUAUGAGAUGAAGUUUAUUUUGACCAUCAGUACUGCAGUGACAUGUUUCCCAGCAGCUCAGUGUUGUCCAUGAUCCACCUGUUGCUCUGCCAGGCAGAGCUGCUGUGAGUGUGGAUGAUUCAGGAACAAUACAAUACAGUGUUUUGUCUGAAUCUCUGUACUCGAGGCAAUAAUGACUGAACAUCUGGACACAGGCCUGAUGUUUCACUCACACAGGGAGAGAAGCCUGCUUCAUGUUUUAUCCACUGCAGCGGGCAGUUGUGGGUGAAGUGCCUUGCUCCAGCUGGUGUAGCGUUCAGGUGCUGCUGCCCCCUGCUGGCGGCAUCUCACCUCUGAACUGAAGACCAACAAAGUCAAGAGAAAAAUUAACUUUUCAUGAGUCUUAAUUUGCCUCGUCAAGGGCAGCAGGUUCAGCAGGAAGCUGUGUUACAAGCUGACCUGUACGUCGUUGCUGUCGUUGUCGUAUACGGUACUGUCCUAAUGCACUGUUCCCAGAAUGCACUGCCCCCAUCCCCAACCCACCUCCGAGCCAGACAGAAAGGGUGAAGCUGGUCUGAAAUGUUGAUCUGAGGUCAGAUUUGCUCAUUUCCCUCAAAUAUUAGGAGUCAGGAUUAAGGGAAGAUGAAAUCAAACUGGAGUUUGUUUUUUCAGAAUAUUAAGAUUUGAAUAAUUUACCUGCACGCUCACAAAUGUCUGUGUUUAAAUUUGGCAGGUAAAGUUCCAUCAUUUUAUAUACUAACAGUAGCUGAGGGAUUAGACAGAUUUUAAGCCUCUGGAGGAAGAUGAAAGAGUUUACAGCACAUGUUUUGUUUUCCAUAUGGAAAUUAAGGUAAGGCAAGAAAUUUAAAGUACUUUAUGUAGAGUAUAAAAGGCACAAGAUAUUAAAGUAAAGACAAGGUAAUAUAAAGCUUUGUUAGGGCUGGACCUGAUCAUUGUUAUUAACUAUUAUCUGUUGAUCAUUUUCUCAAUUAACACAUUUGUUGUUUGGUCAAUAAAGUGUCAGAUAAUGGCGACAAAAAGGUUCAUUAACGGGGCUACUGGCCCUGGAAAAGCAGAUUGUUACUUUCUGACCAGAUGCAUAAUUUAUAAUAUUUAAACCACUAUUAUGAACCUAAACUUGUAUCCAACCUGCUCACAUUGUCUCAGACCGAAGUAAAACCAAGACAACUCAGAUUGACCAGCUUCAGCUCAGAGUUUGUCCGGCUCGUCUCACAUCCUGUGGCCUUGUCUCCUGCACGAAUAUAUUUCUGUUUGUUGUAGCAUUUUUGUCUGAAUGUGGUUUCCUCCCUGUACCAGUGAAACCAGAAGUUUAUUCCUGUUGUCUUUUUGUUUGAUCAACAAAACACACAACCUCUGUUAACCCUGUGGUGGGAUCAUGUUUGAUGAAACAGCCUGAAAGUGUCAGUGUGAAAAGUUUGAUUCCAGAGUCAGAGGAGUAGAGGAGAGAGGAGGAGUCAUGAAGCCAAAACCCAUCCAUGUAGUGAUAUAUGUGAAUGAAGCUAGAGAAGUAAAUGUUUAAACACAUGUUUUUGUGGUAUUUAUAUCCUGACAAACGACGUUUCCUGCAGAUGGAGGAACAGUCAGAUUGAUAAGUGAGAUUAAACUAAACUUCCUGACUGUGAUGAUGAUGAUAGUUGUGUUUCUAUUGUGAAGGCUUUCAGCCAGAAUGAUAACAGGUUCCACAAGACCACCACCACCCUGAUUCAAGUUCACUGGUGUGUAUGCGUGUUAGACUGAACUGAAGAAAAUGUGUUGGAUUAAUGGAAGAUUUUAUUUCAUCUGUGGUAAUUUAGUUAAAGCAGGGCUGGCCUGAUGUGUUUCAGGGGCUGAAAUAAGGAUUUAAAUUUGUUUGUUCAGAUAAAAAACACAAUUAACUUUACCGGAAACAUCUAAAUAUAAAGUAUUUAAACAAAUCAAAGUUACUAAAUUUACAUUUUAUUGCAGUAAUUUUUCAAUGUAACACAUUAUUUUCUAACUUUAUGAUUCACUCCCUGAUUGUUGUGAAGCAUCCCUUAAAUUUAAACAUUUUAGUUUUUCCAGAAUUUGGUACAAUGUUCUCUGAAAUUUGACAUGAUCCCAGGAUUUGAUGAAAUGCUUCUGAAGUUUGUCUUAGUACCAAAUUUUGUAAUUUGGUAGAGGAACAGAAUUUAUUAUGACCCAAAUUUUAUUUGUUAUAAUCCUACAUGUUGUAAUUUGGUUAAUUUUAGAAUUAUAAUUAAUUUUGUUUAAUAAUAUUAGGAUUAUAAUCCUAAAUGUUAUUUGCUAUAAUCACAUGUUUUGUUAUUGGGUAGAAUCCUGAUAUACUUUUUUGGAAUUUUAUUUUUAUUUCUUAAUUUUUUUAGUUUUUUGUCAUAAUCCACUUUUUGUGCUUUGGUUGAAACUUCAAAUUUGAUGUGAUAGAUUCCAUAAGUUUAGGUUGUAAUCCCAAUCUUUGUACUAGUUUUUUUCAUAAUCCCAAAUGUUACAAUUUUCUGGUCAAAUCUCCAAAUUUUCUUAUAAUUCUGGAAUUAUUAUCCAAAAUUUGUCAAAUUUUAAAAUUUGUUAAAAUCUCUAAAUUUUUAUGCCAUAAACCCAAAAUUUUGUUAAAACAAUGACAGAAAUUUUGGUAAAUUUUGGUGAUUGAAAUCUAGAAUUUUUUUGUGGGAACCUUUUCGCUCAAAUGUCUUUACAGCUGAAGAACACAAUCAGGGAGUUUAUUGGUAAAUACUUAAAUUAUGAUUUUUGAAAAACUAAAUACAGGAACCUUUAGAAAGUUAAGAUUUUCAGCUCCUCUGUGCCCUCUGGUGGCUGAGACUCCAGCUCUGCUCUCUGCUUCUUUCUGUCUUUUGAGGCAUUUCCUUUCUUCUUGAAAUACUGAAUCUCAGAGAAAUUACUUUUUCUAUAAGAUUAUUUCAGACCUUGACCAAAUAUCCAGUGGUUGAGCUGUGUAGCUGUAGCUCUGUUAGCCUGACUCUGCUCCACGUUUCCCUUUAGUGCCUUUAUCGUUGUUCAGGAAGAUUCUCAUCUUUCAUGUGAAAACUCUGGUCCUUACAUUUGUUUUUUCUUCACUCUGUCCUGUCGUGUUGCCUUUUGCACUUUGUAGCUGCAUAAAUGUUUCCCUGUGAGGAGGGAAAAUGGAAAUAAAUGACUAAAAAUUCAAGAUUUAUACCGUAACUUCAAACCAGAUGAUCAUUUCCCACACUGUUGCUCGUUUAUAACUGCCUUCACUCAAAUUAGCAACAAGUGAGUCACUGUACGUUAUUUUAUGUUAAAGUUAAUUGAAUUCAAAGUAUUUCAUUUUAACCUUUGGACACAUUUGGAUUCACUGACUGUCCCAAACAAAAUAUAUCCCCCGAUUAUUUAUCUGUUUGGUUUGAGAAGGAAAAUGUUCGUGUUUUAAAGGGUUUAAAUCCAAAAUGGCACAAAUCAACCGGAGAAACAUAAGUUGAUUAAUUAAAACAUUUGUGUUUGAGUUUGAGAGACUUUCACUCUCAAUGAUCACUUUGUGUCAGACCUUUCAUUUUGGGAUUAAACUGCUCAUGUCUGUUGUUCAGCCGUGUCCUGAUCUGACUGAUGUGAACAGUAGAGGACCUUUUAUGCAGUUUCACGGUAUUUUGUUUUUAUAUAUCUGCAGAUUUUAUUCUUGGAUUUGAUCUGAUUCAGAAUGAGGUUCUGUUUCUGUCUGAUUGUUUGUGUGAAAUUAACUGCAAUAAAAAUGAUGAUAAAAUAAUGA